UUCUAUCAGGAUGUUGCUGAAACACAGGCUGGGAUCAGACUUUGCUCAUGCUCCCAGGGAUGUGUCCCAACCACCUGGGGUGAGGCCCUGCCGUGGUGACCAACACUGAAGGGAAUCCAGAGACCAAGUUUCUGAUACCCAGGACAAAGACCUCUAGGACAGUCCUGCUGGUGGUGCCAUUUGGAGACGAGGAGCCCAGGGUGAUUCCUCUGAAGUCUUUUUCUGCAGCACAGGGAAGAGCCUGAGCCCCACUCAUGACCCGUGGCUGCCCUGUAAGAAGCUCAUCAUGCUGACAGAAGACAUGAAGCUCUGGCAAGGCUUAGUGAUCGCAGUUGUGUCCCUCAUCUUACAGGCCUGCCUCCUCACAGUCAUGAACUAUCUGCUCGGCAGGCACAUGGCCAAAGAGAAUGAACGAUUACUAAAAAGAGCCAGGCUCCAGGUCCCCAGGCCCAGCCCUGCCCACCACCACUCACCUGCUGCCCAGGAGAUGAAAGAGACUUGGGCAGAGAGAAGCACCCCUGUGUCGGAAGCUCGUUACAGGGAUGACGACGAUACAUCCUCAGAUAGCUCUGACACCUCGGACAGUUCCAGCAGAUCCCCUCCCACCUGCCAGGCCACCAAGGAUGUGAAUUACACACAAGUGAUCUUUUCAGCCACUGGAGGACGAGAAAAUGAAUCUGCCCCAGACUAUGAGAACGUAAAGGAAGCCAUAGAUUAUGUCAAUAUCAAUCCAAAAAGCCACAAGCAUAAUUUGUGGACUUGUGUGAACCCUGCUGUCUCUGAGCCAGUGGAAUACACUCAAGUGGCCGUGUGAAUUCUAGGGGUUUUUCUUUUGCCGUUGUUGUUGUUUUUAAAUGGGAUAAAGUUCUCUACGAAUUCUUGUACUUAUUUAACAAGACAUAGGAGGAAAACACAGGCUUGUAUCUCAGCAAGAAAGAUUCAGAUGAGAUGUUAGGAAGAACUUCCAGGUUAAAUAUGAAAACACUGGAACAUAUCAGUAGAGAAAGUGGUGAAGUCUUCAUAGAAAAUUUUUAAAAGAUUUAAAUCAGCUGUAGUAGAAUUUUGUUUGUCAGUCUUACGAUUAAAUAACUCUUUGAGCUCUUUAAUUAUUGGCAAUAAACAACUUCCUAGAAAGUUUAAAGGCCAGCCCGGUGGCUCAGGUGGUUGGAGCGCCGUGCGAGGUCACUGGUUCGAUUCCCACAUGGGCCAGUGAGUUGCGCCCUCUACAGCUAAGAUUGUGAACAACAGUUCUCCUGGAGCUGGGCUGCUGUGAGCUGCCGUGAGCAGCUGUGAGCGGCCAAAUGACGACUGACGACCCACUGCCUCAGCCGAGGCAAGGCUCAUAACACCAGCAUGGGCCAGGGAGCUGUGAACUACACAACUAGACUGAGAAAC